CCCAGGGGCUGCCCACGCGCUACUUCCGGUUGGGAAGGAAACCCAACUGAUCGAAGGCCUUUGGAGCCGGCUUCAGAGCAGCCAUGGCCGGCCGCAACAACAACAAGCUGCCCCUGAAUCUCCCGCAGCUGCAGAACCUGAUCAAGCGGGACCCGCCUUCCUACACCGAGGAGUUUCUUCAACAAUAUCGUCAUUACCAGUCCAAUGUGGAGAUAUUCAAACUGCAGCCAGCUAAGCCCAAUAAAGACCUGGCUGAACUGGUGAUGUUCUUGGCACAGGUUGGGCAUUGCUACCCUCAACAUCUUGUAGACUUUCCACAACAACUGAAGGAGCUUCUCUCCUUUAAUCACACAGUCCUGGAUGCUGAUCUUCGGAUGACCCUUUGCAAAGCUCUGAUCUUGUUGCGGAAUAAGAACCUAAUUAACCCUACAAGCUUGUUGGAACUUUUCUUUGAACUACUUCGUUGCCAUGACAAACUCUUACGAAAAACACUGUACACCCACAUUGUGACGGAUAUCAAGAAUGUUAAUGCGAAGCACAAAAAUAAUAAAUUAAACACAGCACUUCAGAAUUUUAUGUAUACAAUGCUACAAGAUAGCAAUCCAACUGCAGCCAAGAUAUCAUUGGACGUGAUGAUAGAGCUGUACAGAAGGAAUAUCUGGAAUGAUGCUAAAACAGUGAAUGUCAUUACUACAGCUUGCUUUUCCAAAGUCACAAAGAUACUAGUUGCUGGCUUGACAUUUUUCCUUGGGAAGGAUGAAGAUGAAAAGAAAGACAGUGAUUCUGAAUCAGAGGAUGAUGGUCCCACAGCAAGGGACUUGAUGGUGCGAUAUUCCACAGGAAGGAAAAACACAAAGAACAAGAAAAAGCUAGAGAAGGCUAUGAAAGUCUUAAAGAAACACAAAAAGAAGAAAAAGCCAGAAGUGUUCAACUUCUCAGCUAUUCAUUUAAUCCAUGAUCCCCAGGACUUUGCAGAGAAGCUGUUAAAACAGCUUGAAUCCUCAAAGGAAAGAUUUGAAGUAAAAAUGAUGUUAAUGGAUCUUAUUUCUCGACUUGUUGGAAUUCAUGAGCUGUUCCUCUUCAACUUUUACCCUUUUGUCCAGCGAUACCUACAGCCACACCAGAGAGAAGUCACCAAGAUUCUCCUGUUUGCUGCCCAAGCAUGUCAUCAGCUUGUCCCACCUGAGAUUGUCCAAUCAGUUCUGAUGACAAUAGCCAACAACUUUGUCACAGACAAAAACUCUGGGGAAGUGAUGACUGUUGGAAUUAAUGCUAUUAAAGAAAUAUCAGCUAGGUGUCCUCUGGCCAUGACAGAAGACUUGCUUCAAGACCUGGCACAGUACAAAUCUCAUAAAAAUAAGAAUGUAAUGAUGUCAGCAAGAACGUUGAUACAGUUGUUCCGAUCACUGAAUCCACAGAUGUUGCAGAAAAAGUUCAGGGGUAAACCAACAGAAGCCACUUUGGAGGCCAGAAUUCAUGAAUAUGGGGAACUGGAUGCCAAGAACUAUAUUCCAGGAGCAGAAGUCUUGGAUCUUGAGGCCAAGGAAGAAGAUGGAGAGCAUGAGGAUGGUUGGGAGACUGCCAGUUCUAGUGAAGAGGAAGAUGAUGAAGAUGGAGAAUGGAUUGAUGUACAUCAUUCCUCCGAUGAAGAGCAAAAAGAACUAGCUGAAAAAAUUAAAAGCAUGCCUGUAGAAGAACAGAAGGCCAAAGCAGCAGCUGUCAGUACCAGCCGACUUCUCACUCAGGAGGAGUUCCAGAAAAUACGUCUUGCCCAGCUCAGCAAAGAACUCAAGUCUGCACCUGGCAAAACUGCAAAGAGAAAGAACAUUGAAAUAGAGACUGAUGAGGAGCGAAGAGGAGAGCUGCUUUCACUCCGGGACAUUGAACAUCUUCAUAAGAAACCCAAAUCAGAUAAAGAGACAAGACUGGCCACAGCAAUGGCUGGCAGGACUGAUAGAAAAGAAUUUGUGAAAAAGAAAACUAAACUGAAUCCAUUCUCCAGCACCACUAACAAAGAGAAGAAGAAGCAAAAGAAUUUCAUGAUGAUGCGAUAUAGCAAUAAUGUCCGGUCAAAAAAUAAGCGUUCGUUCAGGGAGAAACAGCUGGCUUUACGAGACGCACUUUUGAGACAGAAGAAAAGACUAAUGAAAUAACCAGUGACAUGAAAGAAGAAACUCAUUGUACAUUACUUAAGUUCCUGAAAACACUCUCAACGACCAAAGCAUAUUAACUGGACUCUGCUGAUUUGUAGUGAAAUUUCUAUCCACUACAUCUGUGUUGGGAGGAAAAAAAUAAUAUUUAAAAAUUUUCUACCUUUGAUUAAAAAAAGUUAGACCUCAUAGAAUUUAAAUGAAUUUCCAGGUAGAAGACUGGUAAGGAUUCUGAUUAUUCUCGUGACUUGAGUCCUAAACGCACAUACACAGGUACAAAAGAGGAUUGGCUUAUGAAUAAAUCUGCAUAAACUUGCAAGCCUUUUAUGUAUAUAAGAGAGGAAUGUAAGUUUUAUACUGAUGUAAAGUAUAUUUUAAGUACUUUAUCUCCUAAUGAAUGUGUAUUAAGGGUUUUAUUCUGAUUAAAUAUUAUGUUAAGAGCGUU